CACGCCUUCGCAUCAGCCACUUGUCAGCCACCAUGUCUCCCCAAGCCCACGACCCGGUGGCUCACGACACCGUCUUCAUAGACUCGCUCUCCAUUUCUUCAACAAUUGGGCGAGACUGGUGGGGGCGCACACGCCCACAGCCUCUAUUUGUCACCCUCCAUCUCCAUCUACAGCCCGGGUACCUCGACAAAGCCGGCGCGUCGGACGAUGUCCGCGACUCGGUCCACUAUGGCCAGCUCUGCAAGAGCAUCAUGGGCCUCGCCUAUGGUCCCGACGCACAAGAGUUCGAUGGCCCGAGGGAUCUUGCGAGGGCUGUAGUGAAGACGGCGUUCGCUCUCACCGGCGCGUUUGCUGCCCAGCGCGCUGUAGUAGCCGUCAAGUCCGAGAAACUGAUCCCGCUCGCUGGGGAGUUCACACUGGAGAUCUCGACAUCCUAUGCGCAGGAAAUCAUAGAAGGGACGGAGAGCGUCCGUGUUACUAUCAAGGACCUCGUGCUGUUCACCAUCAUUGGAGUCAACACGCCCGAGCGAGAGGCAAAGCAGCGGGUUAUCAUUAGUAUCAUCGUGCACGAAAAGGCUGGUCACGGUUCUCCCGUCGACUACGCGGCCCUUUCAGCGUUGAUCGCCAAUGACCUCGGCGCGUCCUCACAUCUCACGCUCGAGAAGUUUGUCCUGGAGACCACCCGAUACAUCUGCCUGUACUCGGAGACGAUAGAAGUUGUCACGGUCAAAGCGGAGAAGCCAAGCGCGCUGUCGUUUGCUCAGGCAGCGGGCGUACAGAUGACUCGGGCGCGGGCUGCAUUCCUCCAGGACGGACGCUUGCAGAGGGCGGUGACAUCAGUCAGCGUAGCUGGAUCAAAGCACACGCCUACGCAGUGAUUACAUUCGCCGGAACACUGUAGUCACAUACAGUCCCGACAUUCGAAGCACUCACCUAUUUCAGAACGGCACUAUCAAUGUUACAGUUGUACGAGGUGUGCAUGGACGAACAUACGCUCGAUGUAUCAUGACAAUCUAGUUGU